AUGUCUGCGGGUGAUCAAGGUGGGGGGCUCGUACCACCGCACCCCUCUGUGGUGUGCUGCCACCCAGCCCCCCGGGAGCCACGCAGGCGUCUGUGGACUUCAGCUCCCAGGAGACCUUUCGGAGCAGAGGCCCUGAUAGUUUGUGGGAAGUGCCGGGCAAUUCCUCCGGGCCAGCUGGCGGCCAGGUAUGCCCCCGUCUCGGGCUCCUCCCUCACCUGGGGCGUCAGUCCCUGCUCGGCUGGCCCCAGAGACGGAAGCAGGUCCGCGGCUGGGGCCAUUGAAGAGAGCCCGAUGCGGGAACCGGAGGCCUGGGCCCCCUCGCGGGGAUGGCCGGCACCCCGGGAGGCCAGAACAGGUCCAUCGCUGUCCUCUGUGCUUAAUGAGCUCCCCAGUGCUGCUACCCUUCGGUACCGAGGCCCUGGGGGGCUGCCCUGGAGGGCCCUGGAGGAGGAGGAGGAGGAGGAGGACGGACAGAGGAGCAUCCAGUCCCUCGCAGAAGCCACACAAAAGGAACUGCAGGAGCCCGGCCCUUCCCGGGAACUGCCGUGGCCCAUGCAGGCCAGACGGGCACACAGACAAAGCGUUGCCAGGAACCAAGUGGCUCAGGGCUCGGGGUCCAGGGCUGCCCACUGGACUCUUCUGCUUCGGAGGUCCAAGGAGAAGGUGCGGGAAGGCCUGCGAUCCGUGCAGCCCUGGGAGUGGACACUGAGGAGAAUUGGGGGCCAGUUUGGCGCCGGCACUGCGUCCUACUUCUGCCUGCUGCGCUUCCUGCUGCUGCUCAGCGUGCUGGCCUCCGUGCUUACAGCCUGCAUGAUUCUGCUGCCCACCUGGUUGGAGGGGGCUCCCCCGGGUCCCCCUGCCCCUAACGCCUCCUCACCCUGCGGCUUCUACAGCCCUGGCUCUCAGGGCCUGGUCACCUUCUCCACCGAUCUCUUCAAUUUGCUCUCCGGAGAGGGUUUUCUAGAAUGGUCUCCGCUCUUCUAUGGGUUCUACCCGCCCCGCCCACACCUGGCCGUCACCUACCUGUGCUCCACCUUUGCCAUUCGCCUCCUCUACCUGCUGCUCAUCCUGCACCGCUCGGUGUCUGGGCUGAAGCAGACGCUGUUGGCUGAGUCAGGGGCCGUGACCAGCUACAGCCACCGCGUGUUCUCUGCCUGGGACUUUGGCCUCAGCGGGGAGGUCCACGUGAGGCUGCGCCAGCGCAACAUCCUAUUUGAGUUGCAGGUGGAGCUGGAGGAAGCAGCGGUGCGGCGCCAGGCUGCGGUGCGGACACUGGGCCAACAAGCCAGGGUGUGGUCGGUGCGGGUGCUGCUCAACGUGGCGGUGGUGGCACUCCUGGGGGCAGCCUUCUACGGCGUCUACUGGGCUACAGGGGCCACUGUGAAGCUGCAGGAGAUGCCUCUUAUCCAGGGGAUGCCACUGCUGAAGCUCGUGGUGGAUUACCUUCCGUCCAUCUUCAUCUCCGGGGUCAACUUCGUGCUGCCACCAGUGUUCAAGCUCAUUGCCCCACUGGAGGGCUACACCAGGAGCCGUCAGAUCGUCUUUAUCUUGCUCAGGACAGUGUUUCUCCGUCUGGCCUCCCUGGUGGUCCUGCUCUUCUCUCUCUGGAAUCAGAUCACUUGCGGGGGAGAUGCGGACGCUGAGGAGUGCAAAACCUGUGGCUACAAUUACAAAGAACUUCCGUGCUGGGAGACUCGCCUGGGACAGGAGAUGUACAAACUCCUGCUGUUUGAUCUCCUGACCGGCCUGGCAGUCACGCUGCUCAUCCAGUUUCCUCGGAAGCUGCUCUGUGGCCUCUGUCCCGGGGCGCUGGGUCGUUUUGCGGGGACCCUGGAGUUCCAGGUGCCUGACGAAGUGCUGGGGCUCAUCUACGCACAGACAGUGGUCUGGGUGGGGAGUUUUUUCUGCCCUUUACUGCCUUUGCUCAACACGGCCAAGUUCCUGCUGCUUUUCUAUUUGAAGAAGAUCACCCUCUUCUCCACCUGCUCCCCGGCCUCCCGCACCUUUCGGGCCUCCACUGUGAACUUCUUCUUCCCCCUGGUCCUUCUCCUGGGUCUGGCCAUCUCCACCGUUCCUGUGCUUUAUAGCAUCUUCCUGAUCCCACCUUCUAAGCUGUGUGGUCCAUUCCGGGGGCAGCCGUCCAUCUGGGCCGAGAUCCCCGAGUCUGUUUGCAAGCUCCCUCAGACUGCCCGGGAAUUUCUCUUCUUCCUGGGGAGCCAGGCUUUUGCUGUGCCUCUUCUGCUGAUCUCCAGCAUCCUGAUGGCGUAUACCGUGGCCCUGGCUAACUCAUAUGGACGCCUCAUCUCUGAACUCAAACGCCAGAUAGAGACGGAGGCGCAGAAUAAAGUCUUCCUGGCACAGCGCGUUGUGGCGCUGAGCUCGGCCAACAGAGCUCUUUGACCUCUCCAGCCUGGCUCAGGGUGACCUCCCACUUUCAGACCCAGACCUGCCCUCAGAUCCUUUGUAAGCCUCGGCCACAUCAUUUGGAAAAUGAGCUAACUGGAGAAGACCCCAUGGUUUUCCAGCCCUGGGAUUCACUGCUAAGUCCCUGACUCUCCAGUGAACCUCUUUCUAGUACCAAUAAACACAGCGGAGGCUGC